UUAGUCGAGGCAUAUUGAAAGGGAAAAUUUUCCAACUUCCCAGCCCGGCAAAAUUCCCGCUGAAUCGUGAAAACAAACCCAGAAGCUCUCUGUUGAACCUACUACCAAACUGAAUCAGCGAUUCCCCUCUUGCCAUUCGAAAAAAAAAAAGAAAACCCUCCGCUCCUUCAAAUUUGGAAAGAAAAAAAAUGAGAAAAAAAACUCCGGCCUUUAAGCGCAGACCAAGGAAUUCCAUCCCUCCUUCAAACGUCCAAUACAUCUAUCCACUCCACUAUCAGGAUGACGAUAAUGAAGAAUAUCAUUUACAUGGUAAUGAAAAUGGAGAAUCAGCGGACAUUGGUUCUAGUCAAGAUAAUGCUAAUAAUAGCGAUGAUGUUAAGGAUGAUGACACUGAGAAGGAAGGUGGUGGUGAUGGCAGUGGUAGAGGCAUUGCUGGCUAUUAUGAUAAUGAUUUGGUUCCUGAUGAUGUUAAUGAGAAGGAUGAGGAUGACAAUGCUGUAGUUCCAGAUUGUGUUGAGGAUGGGUGAAUCUGCAGGAGUGAAAUGUAUCCUUGCUGAUUGGUAGGAGGCUUUCUUAUAGCUGCAGUGGAGGAAGCAGUCCGGUCUUGGUUUGCAGCGAAAAUGAUUGCCCCAUUGCUAUGCACAAGGCGCACAUGAGUACUGAACCCGAUUUUGACGAUACCGGUAAAUUCUACUGUCCUUAUUGUUGGCACAAGCAUGUGUAGCAAGGACUGAAGAAUUGAGAAAGGAAGCUUUGUUGGCAAAGAAGGAAUUGUUAAACUUUAUACAUUCGAAGCUGAAUGAUGGAAACGGAGAGAAGCAGGAAGAUGAAGCAGGCACAUGAAGCAGCUAGUCUAUCGACAUCAAGGAAAGAAAAUUCUGGAGAUUGUGGAAAUGGUCUAAUGAUGAUGGUAAUCAGACAAUAUAUUGUAAUCAGGAGCAAACCAUGUGUAUUGUGUCCAAGGCAAAGAGAAAUCUGUUGAUGAAAGUACCUCCAAAGCUCAUGGGGUUGACAAUGUUGCAGAUGGACAAAUAAUGCAAGAGGAGGAUAUAGAAACAGUGAAAAUGAUGCAAGUUUAUUGGAAGAUAACCAAGGGAAGAACGGGACGGAUGGGCUAGUUCGGCCAAAUGCAAUAGGAACUAGUACAGCACAUAUGACAAAAGAUGCUACAUCCAAGGUGCCUGCAUUGAUAGUUUUGAGUUUGUAUCACCUGAUUUGGAUGCCGGGACAGUUGUCCGUCGAAUGCGCAUCAAACACAGCUAAUAGGGCACGACUUUGGCAAGUAGAUUCACCAAAGAUUCCCUCCUUUCAACCAGGUACCAGUGCCAAUGAUAAGAUGAAAAACCUCCAAGGAAAAGCUACAACAGCUGAAUACUCGGUCCAAUGUCAAGAAUUAAACCAGCAAAUUAUGAAUCCGAUACUGGGUAAUGGAAAACGUAAGCCAUUACCUUGGACAACUGAAGAGGUAGACAUACUGAAGGAGGGAGUGCGAAGAUUUUCACUGACUGCAAACAAAACAUCCCCUGGAGGAAAAUUAUGGAAUUCGGUCAUAAUGUUUUCGACAGCAUCGUAUUCCGGUUGACCUUAAGGAUAAGUGGAAGAAAAUUAUGGCCGAAGAGGACCCGAAAAUUAACUAGGGGGCACUGAUUCCUUUCUAGACUAAGGUAAUGUUUCUGGAUGAUAAUAUGUCUGUUUUGUGGUUAUCUCUCACUAAAUUAGGUUGGUGGCUGAUAAUGUAAAAAGUAGAAGUUACUGUUAUCUCCUCUUUUGCCUAUAUUAUGGAGAAAUUUGCUACAAUGUUGUAAAACUUUUUUGAAAACUUUGUAAAUCUGGAAUUAGCAUUCCCUAUGAAUCUU